ACCAUCUUAAUAAUAAUUCAAAAAAAUAAGAAUAAUUCAAUUUCUUUGUUGUUGGGAAAAUAGGAAAACAUGUCUAAAUUGUGCACUAUUUUUGUUGUGGCAUUUCUUCUUUGCUUCAAUACUCUCACAUUUGCUGUUCGUCCUAAUUCUUUUUCUGCUCUCGAUCCCAAAAUUCAGGUUGCAAGUGAAGGAAAAGUUGAAAUUAAAGAAGCAAAAUGUGAAGGAGUGGAGGAAGAAGAAUGUUUGAAGAGGAGGACACUGGCUGCUCAUCUUGAUUAUAUUUAUACUCAAAGUAUUAAUAACAAUCAUCCAUAAAAAAAUAAAAAACUUUUUAUGUACUUUAAAUUCUUAAUCUCCUUUUAAUUAGUAUUAAUUAACUAUGAAAGGGGUUGUAAUGGGAGUUGGUAGUAAUAAUAAAAAUACUUCUGCUUAGUUUCUCUGUUA